AUGGUGGGGCAGGAGGACCGGGAGGCUUCACCCGAGCCUGUGGAUGACAGUCGUCCCCCACCCAUGGCUGCUGUCCGUGUCCCUGCCAGAGGCUUUACCUCCCUUCAGAAACAGCCCCUUGGAGCCAACGGUGCUCACCAGAGCAGCACAGAAAUUGCUGCAAUGAGGUCUGGAGGACCAGGACGGGGGAAGCCCCCAAGCACCCUGAGCUGGGGGGCACUCGCCGGGGCAUGGGGGUCUGGCCACCUCGCGCUGCUCCUGGCCUUGCUGGGGCUCCUAGGCAUGCCUGUGGCUUGCGAUGACUGUGGGCCCCCACCUCGCAUGACCCACUCCAGACCGUCCAGUGACGAGCAGGCCAGCAGCUUCCCCGUUGGAUCCAGGGUGAUGUAUACGUGCACCGAAGGCGCCAUCAAAAUCCCCGGGAGGUCGGACACGGUGGAGUGCCUGCCCGGCGCGCGCUGGUCAAAGCUGCCCGAGCCCUGUGGCCCUUUGCCUGUGCAGUUAACGCAUCUUCAUCCGUGCUUUGCAAAAGAUGCGUUCAGCAGAAUAGCAGCCUGGUUGCGGUUUGCUGCCCUGUCCACGGUGGAUGAGAGGAUUAAUUUCUUUCCUGUUGGGACCAACGUGAGCUACGUCUGCCGCCCCGGCUACGAGAACACCUCGGAAAGUUCCCCCACCAGCACUUGCCUUGAAAACCUGACGUGGUCGGAAGCUGCCGAGCUGUGCAGGAGGAGAUCCUGCGGAGACCCGGGAGCGCUGCCCGGCGGCAGGAUGGUCGCUCUUACAGACUUGCGGUUCGGUGCAAGAGUGAACGUGUUCUGCGAAGACGGGUACAAAUUAGAUGGGAGGCAUUUCAUCCAGUGUCAGCUCAAAGGAAACGACGUUGAAUGGAGUAAACUUCCAACUUGUAAAUUAAUUACCUGCUCUUCACCUCCUCAAAUUAGCAACGGAAAGCAUGAUGGUGAAGGUGUAGAAAAAUUUGCCUAUAACUCAACCGUGACUUACAGAUGUGACUCUGGCUUUCGGCUCGUUGGAAAUGUGAGCAUCCGUUGUACGAGUACGGACAAAACAAACGGAGUCUGGAGUGGAGCUGUGCCUGAAUGCAAAGAGAAAAGCACGUCUGUCAAACUUGGAGCAAAAGAAAUGGAGAGGAGUCCUGCUCCCCAAAAUUCCCGUGGAAAUGGCAUCCAACCAUCUAAGAAGGCUUUCACGUGGGAAAUGAAGCUCAGCCUAUAUAAAAAGUCACUGCAAAAUACCAUCUCCUUCUCCCACUCUUCUUCUUUCUCCAGGACACCAGUGUCAAGGAGCUGUGCUACCUCGGCGUUCAGAUUCGUUGUACCUUUGUACAAAACCCAAAACUACUAUUCUCCUGGGACAAACCAAGGACCCAAGUGUCUUCCAAAGUACAUGGGGAUCUCUGGCAUCCUCCCACAAGCCGGCUGCUUUGAAAACUUAAAACGGUCUAAAGUUGCAUCAUUUUGUGGAACGAGGUCGUGGGCAGCCAGGAGAAGCUGGACAUGGCAGAAGUGCUGCUACAACAGAUUCCCCAUCCGUUGCAAAGGAUUAUUUUACCCAUAAAAAGGGCUGCGUAUACGGACUGUGGCAAGUGCACAGAAAGAUUUAUCUGCAGCUUUGAAGCAGUUUAUUUGUGACGGGUCUGCCCUCCUCCAGCGAUGCUUUGACAAAAGGACCCCCGUGGAAGGAACCCUGGGAGGAGGCAUUUGCACUUUCCUUGCAUGGUUGCAAAGACAACUGGCACGUGCUGCUCUUCCUGCCAUCUCACUGCAGAUGUAGACAAGACACACAGUUAAAUGGGAUCCCACCUAUCUAAAUAUAUUGUUAUCUUUUAAAACAAAAAUAGUACUGUAAGCAUGAAGCAUGUAAACCCUUCACCGUGUUCUGUUUCUAAAGCGUCCUAUGCAAUGGUCGUACUUGUUAGGACUCUGACGCUUUGCUUUAAAACAAAGAAUAAGCUAGAUCAGGUCUGUCCCAUGUACAUGUACAAAAUGUAUUUUUUGAAUUGUGAUAUGUUUUAAUGUUCCAAGAAAUUGAUUGAAAAUUACUUACGCAAGAGUUGGCUAAUUCCCACAGUUCCUUCUCCCGAGUUUUUCUCUUUCAGCGGUUUCCUCCUAACAUCCCAAAUCCAGUUAUGAUUCUGGGCUGACCUGACCAGCCUUUUUUCAGGCUGGAGUUGGGAAGCGGCAGUUUCUCAGAAACCCCCCAGGCCUUCUGCAGAAUUUCUGACAGAGCUCGGUUACGUCACAACUCGUCCGACUCGGUGUUUCCACAACCACCCAUUUCCUUGCUCGCUAGCAACUCCAACGUGCUGCCAUAACAGUCACUGUAAAUACACAGACUCACAGGACAGGCUGUAAAAGACCCAAAUAUCUCUGCUGAACUGGGCUGCUCCCUUAACUUAGGAAUUUCUGGCUGUAGCAUGGUCUGGUUGCAGAUACACCCAUGGUAGCUGCCAGCAGGGUUGAGCUGAAAGCAAAAUACUGACUUCCCUGUCUUGCAAAUUUAUGAGAUCAUUUCUCUUAGGAAAUCAUAGUAUUUUACAGGCUAAAUUGAAUUUAUAUCUUUAGUACUUUAAGCACUUUCUUUAGCAAAAGCUUUUUUUUGUAUCAGACAUAAAUUCUUUGCAGUUUAUAUUUCCGUUCAGAUUACAUGAAAGAUAAAAGCCAUGAGUGGUCUGGGUAUCUACUAACCUCAUACUGUAAAGGAGCUAUUUUUGCUUUCCAAACAGAGGAAGGCAGCUCUGUAAUGCUGCAGUCUGUGAGCACAUCAACUCCGCACAGACACAGAGAAGUAAUAGCUAAACAUAACUCUCCAGCAUUGUCAUACUGCAACAGAGAAACUGGAAAUGUCAGGUUUAUGUUAUUGGCUGCUUACAGUCUUUGUCCUAUACAGCACACUAAUUGCCAUAUAUUUAGGUGCCAUUCUGGGGUUUUAUUUACACUUAGUAAUAAAUGGUAAUU